AUGAUAUCUGAGGAGGUUUGUUGCUCGAGAGCGGGUAGGAGUGUGGGGAAGGAAAGGGAUGUGGAGUUGGAAGUGGGUGAGGGGAUUAUUGAUCCGGAAAUUCCUAUUCCUUCUAUUGAGACUGAUGGGGAGACCUGUUCGUCAAGAAUUAAUAUUGGCACAGGAAAAGAAGGUACUCUGACAUUGGGAGAGAUGGGGUUAGAUCCGGAUAUUCCUAUUCCUUCUAUUGAGCUUGAUGGGGAUGCAUUCACGGACAAAGAGGAAUCAGAAGGACGCUUAGUUGAGUUUCAGAACGGGGAGGACGAAAGACGUCUUAUCGAGGAAGAGAACAGUGAUAUUUUAGAAGCAAGAGCCAGAGACAGAGACGGAGCUAGAUGCCAAGACAGAACGAAGCUGGGCAGAAGUCGCCGAUAA